AAAACAAGUGCGGGACAUAACUACGUCGACAUAGCAGACCUUUCUAUUUUAAUGAACGUUUUUCUUUGGGAAAAGAAAAGCAUUCCCCCUGGACUUUCUUCUGACUGAUGAAAAAAGUGCAUACAGCCAUGAAGAUUUACUGGAUUCUUGCACUAUUUAUAACCGGUGCUUCUUCUGUUUCUGUGGUUCUGAAUCACCCGACAUCACUUCCCUGCAGCUGCGGUGAAAAAGUCGUGUGGAGCAAGACCUUCCCCAUAAAAGCAACUGUUGCUGAAUGCCAAAAGAAGGAAUGUGUUGUAACAGAACGUUUUAAGGAAAGAUUUGCAGUCACACAUGAAAAAAACUCUUUAUUUCUUAAGUCAGCAAAAUACAAUGACCAGGGACAAUACGAGUGCAGCUGUGACGGCUUUAUCAAGCAAGUUAAACUGGAGGUUGUAGUUCCUAUAAACGUGACAGCUGCUGAGCUGGGAAACGUCACUCUCCCGUGUUAUGCGGAUACUCAAAGUGGUGUCAGGGAUGUGACGUGGCUCCAUAAUGAACAAAACGCUCUUCACUUCACUGAAAAUGGAGCCACAAACCCAGGCGAUGGUUAUGAGGACAGAGUAUCGCUGACAGACGACGGAUUCAGAGACGGAGAUGUGUCUCUGACCAUCACUGGUGUCCAGAAGAGAGACGCGGAAUUAUACCGCUGCUUCGUUCAGGAGGAAAAUAUUAAAGGAUACCCACACGCCUACAUGCUGCAUGUCAACGGAGGAGGAGACCAAACUGCCGACAGCGACACUGAGAAAAGAACUCACAUUGGACUGAUCUUACCUUUCUCACUCAUCAUUUGCUUUCUUCUUAUUCUUUUAUGCCGUAAGAAGAAGGCAUCACCCACAGAGGAAACUACAGAUCGCGAGCCCGUACAGGAGAGUGACCAAAAGCAUUCAACUCAUCUUUUUUAUCCUGGAGAAGAGAUCUAUGAACACUCAAACCUGAGGAUGAACGAUUACAGUCAUUCUUCUAAUAAUGAAACUGACUCAAACACAGAAACAUGAUUGUUAGAGUGUCAUUCAUGAAGCUGGCAGAUGCUUGUUUGAUGCACAGGUACACAAUAUGAAAACUGCCAUCUUGGGACCACAGAACGUUUUGAACACUGUUGUGUUUCAUUGUGUGAGUUCAGUCGUGUGCUGAUUUUAAACACUUUUCCUGUUGUGACGAGUUCGUUUCUCAAUGAAUCGCACAUGAACUGUUUUGCCAGUCACGAAAGAGACAAAAACCCGACGUCACCGAAUCGUAAGUGGAGCCCUGUGAAUAAAAGAGAAAGUGGAAAGAACAAAUGGAAGUGUCGUACGGGGAGUGUAUUGUAUGAAAGUGGAAGUAGUACGUGGCGUGGUAGUGGAGCACUGCUUACCGUAGCGUUGCCGCUGAGUGACGGUGCGUUCCAAACAGGAUCAUCAGUUGUGCAUCAGAUGCAUGAGGAUUAAUGACACCAAACAAAGGAAUUACUUGCCGCACUAUCAGAUUCUUCCUGAUACAGUCUGCAGAGCGUGGCCUGGUCGUUGAACGGAGCAUUGCUUGUUCCUGGUACGGACGUAUGAGUUGUCUGCCGGGUUUGGUCUGACUCGCGUCUCUGACGCCACCUGCAGCGCGUUGCUGGAUCUCAUGCGGGUUUCCUAACCCAAGGUGUAUUCAUCGUUCACUGGACAAAGACGGAGUAUCCGUUGGACUUUCAGCCGCCAGGCAGCGUUUGCGCACACACACACACACACACACACACACACACACACACACUCUUACACACGGACAACAAGCAAACAUACAUUAACACAUUUAAAGUUUUUGUUGUUGAUAGUUAUUUUAUUUUUUUGAUAACUGAUGAUUUUGAACUUGUGAUUUUUGAAUGCUGUGAUUUAUUGAAACCGAGAGUCCAAUACUGCUGCGCUUCCUUGAAGUUUUUUGUUGAAAACUAUUUUUCCCCCCCAGUUGACACUAAAUCAAAGGACACUGUUUAAAGUGUGAACUGUGUUUGAUUCAUUGUGAAAAUUUACCUGUUUUUGUGAUCAUUGAACAAUGUCACCCUGGAGCACAAAACCAGUCUUAAUGUCCUAAUGAUUUUUGGCAUAAAAGAUUUUUUAUAAAAAAUCUUUUAUGCCAAAAAUCAUUAGGACAUUAAGUAAAUUUCCUACCGUAAAUAUAUCAAAACUUUUUGAUUAGUAAUAUGCAUUGCUAAGAACUUAAUUUGAACAACUUUAAAGAUGAUUUUCUCAAUAUUUAGAUUUUUUUGCUCCCUCAGAUUCCAGAUUUUCAAAUAAUUGUAUCUCAGACAAAUAUUGUCCGAUCCUAACAAACCAUACAUCAAUGGAGAGAUUACUUAUUCAGCUUUCAGAUGAUGUAUAAAUCUCAAUUUAGAAAAAUUGACCCUUAUGACUGGUUUUGUGGGGAGACAAAAAAAAAUGAGGAUGAGCCAAGCCAAACAAGCCAGGUAUUAUAAUAACUGAAUAAAAAAAUGUGCAGUUUCAGCCGGGUGACCCGGUUUGGUUUAGAACACAUCCUCUCUCCAGUGCCUCAAAUAAAUUCUCUGCCAAGCUAGCGCCCAAGUGGAAGGGACCAGCUACAAUAAAAAGUAAAAUGGCCAAUAAAUUACACCGUGUGCUGGGGCAACCCACCUAAAACAGAUGUAUUCAAUGUGGUUAAUUUGAAGCGUUAUUACGGACGCUCUCCUCUGAAGUUGUCGGCUGGGGAGGGGGAUGUAUGUGGUGUGGCUACAUAAGGGGGCUGUUUAUAAGCCAGCCUAUCAAGCUAUUUGUGUGUCAGCUGUCUUUGUAUUACACUCUUGUUUCAUCUCUUACAAAUAACAAAAAGACUGCCAAUUUUUGAUGUAUUAUGAUAACUUUUCUAAAAGAAUGUAAUUUUAUUUUUGUACUUGUAUGUAUAGAUAAUACAUAUAGAUGUAUAUAUUAUACAUAUAGAUGUAUGUAUAAUAAAAUAUUUGUUUUCUGUUCUUAUUUUUGUGAUUUGCUCUUUGUUGGAAUAUAUUCAUAUCUCGCU